AUGGUGGAGGGGUUCGUCGAAGCUUUCACAGCUGAGCCACACCCAGCUGGUGAUCCUCUUCCCGUUGCAGUUCGGGGCACUGGUGGCCCGUCUCUGGGCUAUGGUCUGGGGGUCACAAUAACUGCACUCCUCACUUUUCUAGGUUCGGCAAGCUUGUUGAUUUGUUUUGGUGGCUGUCUAUUCUGUCGAAAGCACAGGGUCCAGGCACACGAUGUCAUUGGCCUCCUCGCGGCGGUCCCAUUCUGCGCGAUGCUGUGGUGCGGGUAUGAGAAGCUCAACGCUCAUAUCUUCCUUACACCCCAGUCAAAUAUGAGCCGAGAGGCCCUUGGACAGCUGUUCUUUCUCUCAUUUGUUGGAACGAUGAUGUUCUACGCGAUUUGUAUACUCGCCAAGUGCGCAAUCCUCCUCCAAUGGGCCCGAGGCCUCUUCUAUCGCGGCGUCUCGCCCGCUGCAUCCAGAACCUGCUAUAUCCUAAUCGUGCUCAUCCUCGGUUACUUUCCAGCAAUCAUUACGUUCUUGAGUCUGCGAUGUCGACCGCUGGAGAAGGCCUUCAGUCCGUGGAUCCCGGUUUCCCGCACUACCAACGCCCCCGUUGCCUUCACUACACAGGUUUUGUGGGCACAGAGAUCAAGAAAGGUGAUGUGGGAAGUCUGGGUAGCCUACUCGAUUGGUUUCCUGGGUGUUGGCUGCGCUGUGGGCCAACUACAAGCAUUGCAUCGAGAUCGAAAUCGAGACGAAGGGUCAAACCUUAUUUCCGAAAUAUACCUGUGGGAGCUGGCCGAAUGCACCAUUGUUCUCAUGAUAUUUUGCCUGCCCACGUUACAGUCGCUGGUCGAUGGCGCCAUCUGCAGGCGAAGGAGGAAUCAAAUGCAGGCACAGGGAAAUAUUGUGAAUGACUUCUCACUUUCCGAGGCAAUCCCGAUGAAAAGAAUUCCUGAUGCAAACACAUCAUAUGUUAUGGAAGAUCCUGCUCCUGAACCGACAGGGAACAAGAGGAAGAACUGGUUUAGAGAGACACUACCUUCGAUCCAGGAGUGA